AUGUCCCGACUCAAUGCAGGGGAGCAGUGGUGGGAGCUGAGAAUGGAACACGAUGUCACAACGGCAUAUCAUGAGGGCAAUGUGACAAGGUGGGAGGAACCAAUGAAGGAUGCCUGCAUAGAAUGCAUCAGGAUGGAGGAGAGAGAUGAGCACUGGGGCCGUUGGAAGGAUGUGUUGCGGACGGAGGUGGUCACAGCAGAGCGGAGGGAAGAUGCAGAAGGACAAAUGCGACCAUUGCGUCGGCACUGCCAGUGGCGCUGGACGGGAUGGGGCAAGAGAUCAACAACGGAUGAGGCAGCAGAGCGGUGGGAGUGUUGUCGCAUGCCAAUAAGAUGGACACUGAACGCGUCGGUUCAUGAGCGGGGUCUCAACAUCUGA